UAAAACACGGAGGAGAUGGUACGUUUUAGAACUAUUAUGAAUAUUCAAAUAUGACCAAAUUCUGUGGCUGUUCUUAUUUAUAUUACAGACUAAGGAAAAGACAUACCUACAGCGCGCCUUAACUCAUUAUGAACAACAUGGUUUCCUUGUUUGCAUAUUCAAUGUUGUCCAUUAACAAACAGGUUUUAUUCUUGUCAGUCUUCUAUAUGUUUUUUCUACAAUACCUUUCUAGUUCAGCUUUCUUCCAAACUACACCGUUUGUUGUUACAGCAGCAAACAAUGAGGAAGCAGCAGCUCUAAUAAAUUGGAAGCUCAGCCUUGAAAACCAAAGCCAACACCUUUUGUCUUCAUGGGUUAGAGGCAGCGGCCAUUGCAAUUGGGUUGGAGUUGCUUGCGACGAGUCGAAAAGCAUCAUCCAUUUGAACCUUUCAAGCUUUGGUUUAAACGGUACGCUACGAAAUCUCAGCUUCUCAUCCUUUGCAAGCCUCAAUAUUAUUGAUCUUCAAAAAAACAACUUUCAUGGAGAAAUUCCCAGUAGCCUAUACCAUCUAACCAAACUCGCUCAUCUUGACUUGGAAAACAAUCAUCUCUCUGGUUUCCUUUCCCCUGCUGUUGGAAAUCUUUCUCGUCUAUCGUCUAUUUGUCUCUCUGGGAAUCAGUUCACCGGAACGAUUCCAAAAGAGAUUGGCUUAUUGACAAAUCUUCAAACACUUAUGUUUGGCUCUAAUGGUUUUAAUGGCUUUAUCCCUAAAGAAAUUGGACACAUGAAAUCUUUGAGAAACCUUUAUAUAGAUACUAACGACCUCACAGGUUCAAUUCCUACCUCGUUUGGAAACUUGACCAAUUUAUUUGAGUUGUACCUUUUUAAAACUAACAUUUUUGGACAUACUCCAAGAGAAAUUGGAAAACUGAGAAUGUUAAACGACCUUUUUCUUUUUGGCAACCAACUCUCUGGAAGUAUUCCUGUAGAAAUUGGGAAUAUGAGCAACCUAAGAAAGCUUGACCUUAGUGACAAUAAUCUUUUUGGUGAACUUCCUGCUUCCAUAGGAAACUUGAGCAAUAUCAACCAAAUUUAUCUUUCUAAAAACAGCAUUUCUGGACAUAUUCCCCGGGAAAUUGGAAACCUGAGAAAUUUAUGGAACCUUGAGCUUGCUGACAAUACACUUUCUGGUAUUAUUCCUACAGAAAUUGGAAAGUUGAGCAUCUUAGAGGUUCUUAACCUUAAUAUCAAUAAUCUCUCUGGCCCACUUCCUGCUUCCAUAGGAAACCUGACUAGCUCAAAGAAUCUACAAUUGGCUUUAAAUAGCUUCACUGGACAAUUGCCACAACAAAUAUGUGGUGGAGGAUUGCUUGAGAAUUUUACUGCCGGUGAAAACCAUUUUACAGGCCCAAUCCCAACGGGCUUGAAAAAUUGCAGCAGCCUUAUUAGACUUAGGCUGGAUCAAAACCAACUGACAGGAAAUCUUACAGAAGCUUUCGAUAUUCACCCACACUUGAAUUAUAUUGAUCUAAGUGGUAACAAAUUCCAUGGUGAGGUUUCAUCAAAGUGGGGGCAGUGCCAGAAGUUAACAAAUCUCAACAUCUCCAACAACAAUCUUUCAGGCUCUAUACCACCUUCACUUAGUAAGGCAACUCAGCUACAGGUUCUUGACCUAUCCUUAAAUCAUCUAUCAGGAAGUAUUCCAGAUGAACUUGGAAGUUUGAAGCUAUUGUUCAAACUUAUGCUACGUGGCAAUAAACUAUCUGGAGAGAUUCCUCAUAGAAUCGGAAUGCUAGCUGAUCUAGCCAAUUUAGACCUGGCAGAAAACAAUCUAAGUGGCUCAAUUCCAAAAGAACUUGGAGGGUGCUCCAAGCUGUUACAGUUGAAUUUGGAAAACAAUAAAUUUGAAGGCAGUGUUCCUUGGGAAAUAGCUAAUUUGAACUCUCUUCAAAAGCUUGACCUCAGUUCAAAUUUGCUGGUGGGAAAGAUACCACCACAGCUUGCAGAAAUGCAACGUCUAGAAAUUCUGAAUCUCUCCCACAAUAAUUUCUCGAGUUCCAUUUCGUCUGAUUUUGGCGAAAUGAAGAGCUUGACAAUGGUUGAUAUGUCCUUCAACCAAUUGGAGGGUCCCAUUCCUAAUUCCAAAGCCUUCCACAAUGCUCCAUUUGAAGCAUUCAGAAACAACAAAGGCUUAUGUGGUAACGUCACUGGUUUGCAGCUUUGCCCAACAAAGACUCAGAAUCGUCAUGGUAAAGAGGGCAAAAAAGUGAGAAUAUUGAUCAUAUUGAUCCCUAUUUUCUGCAGCUUAUUUCUUCUAUCCAUUUUUGUAAUUCUAUACAUUCAUCAUAGAAGAAGAAGAGUGACAAAAACAAACACUCCAGAUGACAUUGAAACACAAAAUCAAGAUCUGUUUGCAAUAUGGAGCUACGAUGGGAAGAUGGUGUAUGAAAACAUCAUCGAAGCAACGGAGGAAUUCAACUCCAAAUAUUGCAUCGGAGGGGGAGGAACAGGGAGUGUUUACAAAGCAGAAUUAAGCACUGGUCAAGUUGUUGCUGUGAAGAAGCUUCAUGCAAAUACAGAUGGUGAUGAUCACGAGAUGUCUCAAUAUCUCAAAGCUUUUACAAGUGAGAUUCAAACAUUAACACAAAUGCGACAUCUUAACAUAGUCAAGUUAUACGGGUUCUGUUCACAUCCAAGACACUUUUUUUUGGUUUAUGAGUUCAUAGAAGGUGGAAACUUGCGAAAUGUUCUAAACAAUGAAGAAGAAGUAGAAGCAUUUGGUUGGAGCAAAAGGAUAAUCGUUGUAAAAGGUGUGGCAGAUGCAUUAUCCUACAUGCACCAUGAUUGUUUGCCCCCUAUAAUCCAUAGAGAUAUAUCAACCAAAAAUAUUCUGCUGAAUACAGAACGUGAUCAAGCUUAUGUUUCUGAUUUUGGGACCGCCAGAAUUCUCAAUCCGGAUUCAUCUAACUGGACUUCGUUUGCUGGAACUUUUGGAUAUGUUGCUCCAGAACUUGCUUAUACAAGGGAAGUGAAUGAGAAAUGCGAUGUGUAUAGCUUUGGAGCGUUGACGUUGGAAAUACUUGUGGGGAGGCAUCCAGGAGAUCUCAUUUCAUCUCUUACCUCUAUGUCAUCCUCAUCAUCAUCUGAAACACCAGCUUACCACAAAGUAGCACUAAUGGAUGUUUUGGAUCGGCGCUUAUCCCUUCCAUCAGAUCAAGAGGCCAGGAAAAUGCUCUAUCUUGCUAAGAUUGCAUUUGCAUGCUUGAGUGGCACUCCACAAUCUCGUCCAACAAUGAAACAGGUUGCUCAGAAGCUCUCAACUCAGACCCGUCAAUUGUUAAAACCUUUUGCUUUACAUACAUUAGGAGAUCUGCUUGAUUUCAGUGAUUCUACUUCCUAAACAUAUUCCACCUCGUA